AUGUUCAAUCUUUCUUUUCUUUUGGGUGACCUUCCUCAGCUAUGGAAAGACGCAAUUAAAAAGCCAAAUUCAAACCUACUUAGCAAUUUCAGACCAAUUAGUCUUACUCCUACCCCACUUAAGGUAAUGGAGAAAAUAGUCUAUAAAAAACUCCUAUCAUGGCUUCUGAGAUUUCACCUCAUUCCCAGAGAUCAGCACGGCUUCCUACCAGAUGAUAUUAAGAUCUAUGCAACUUAUGACCAAUAUAACUGUGGUAUGAUUCGUGAUGCUCUGAAAUGCUCUUUCCAGAGAAUGACUGAUUGGGCUUUGCAAUGGGAUAUUCCCCUUAAUUUGAGCAAAUCCAUGGUUAUGCACAUUGGUGAUACCUACCCAGUGGAUUAUUACAUCAGUGGUGUUAAGCUCACAUUAAGCCAAUGCAGUAGAGACCUUGGUGUUCUCUUUGAUCCCAGAUUGAAGUUCUCCCUUCAUAUUGAUCAUGCUGUGAAGAAGGCAUUCACCAACCUUUUUCUACUAUUUCGUAAUAUACAAUGUUCGGAUGUAGCUAUACUCAGCCGUCUUUAUAAGGCUUGUGUAUUGCCACAUGUUGAAUAUUGUUCACAAGUCUGGAGCCCAUGUUCUAAGAAGAAUAUUGCAAAAAUCGAAAAAGUACAGCGUGUAUUUACACGGCUCCUAUGGUACAGAAUCACACACGACUAUCGUCGAAAUAAUUUACCCAGUUAUGAAGAACGACUAAGA